AUGGCAAAGUUAGUGCACGAUGUCCAAAAGAGACAGCACAGAGAACGUUCUCAAGUGACUAGUCGUGCAAGACUAGGUUUCCUAGAGAAACACAAGGAUUAUGUUAAGCGUGCUCAAGAUUACCAUAAGAAGCAAAACACAUUAAAGGUAUUGAAGACAAGAGCCAAAGAACGUAACCCUGAUGAAUUCUACUAUGGAAUGAAUUCCAGAAAGGUGGAUUCUAAGGGACUACUGAUAACAUCUCGUCGUGGUGAAGAUGAGGAUGAAUCCCUCUCUAUGGAUCAAGUGAAAUUACUUAAGACACAAGAUAGUAACUAUGUAAGGACUUUGAGACAACAAGAAUUAAACCAAUUGGAAAGGAAAACAAAAAAGUUAAUGUUUCAAGCUAGUGGUAAGCAUACGGUUUUCACAGAAGAUAGAGCCGAAAGAGAUAACUUCGACGCUGCUGAAUAUUUUAAUACUACUGAUGACAUGUUAAAUAGAAGAGAAAACAGACUCACAAAGGACCAAUUGACAAUGAGUUUGACAAAGGCUUCUUUGGAUUCUGCAGACUCGAUAAUGCCAAAGGAAUCACUCGAUAAAAAGAAAGUUAAAAAAUUCAAGAUCGUUAAACAACAUAUUGAAAGAGAGAAUAAAUUGAAAGAAGUUCAAAGGCGUAUGGACAUGCAAAGGGAGGUAAUGAAGAAUGGUUCUAAAAAGAAGGUUGUGGAUAAGAAAGGUAAUGUAACGUUUAAAUGGAAAAAACAACGUAAGCGUUAA